AUGGUCAUGCAAAUAAAGCAUUUGGUGAGUGUGAUUCUCCACAUAAAGCGGGCAAACUAUCAGACCAUGGUAUGGAAUAAAGCGCUGGAACCAUGUCCUUCUCUCCCAAAGCCUCAAGACAGCGGAUGCCAGUACUACAGUGAAGGCCUUCUGAAGCAAAAGUUAAUGACACGAGAAAAAGUGUUAGCGGCGUGUUUGCAGUUAGCAUACUGUGGGUGCUCCCGAGAAGGCGGAUGCUGUGUAAACCGACGCUGCACUUGCGUUCAACUAUCUCUUUGCUGCUCCAAGGCAUGUAAAUGUGGCGACGGGUGCAGAAACGACAGGAACACUGCAGCAGAGGCGAAUGAAGCAUGA